AUGGAGAUUAAUUAUGAUUUUUCAAUUAUUAAAAUUUCAAAUGAAAUCAGUAAAGAAUAUUUUAAUCAACAAGUAUUAUGUUUAUAUGAUUUAGAUUGUAAAAUUUUAGAAAACCUUGGUGAAUUAGAAAAACAAGGUAAAUUAAAAUAUAGAAAGAUUUUAAUUAAAUAUUAUUUAAUUUUAUUUGAUGAUGAUGAUGAAUAUUUCGUACCAGUAUUUUUUAAAGGUAUUCAGGAAGGAUGGUUUAAAAAGGAUGGUUUAUUAGAUUUAACUUCAUCAUCCGUUUGUUCUAGUAAUUUCUUUGAUGCCGAUUAUGUAAAUCCACCAUCAAAUAUAAUGCAAUAUUAUUUUAAUAGAACAACACCCUAUAUACCAAAACAUUAUUUUACAAAUUUCUAUUGUGGCGCACUAGAAUAUAUUUAUCAAAAUCAAUAUAAAAAAUCGUACGAUUUAAAUUUAGAUAUUCUAGCGGAAACAAUUUUUUCAAAAAAUAUUAAAUAUAGAUCAAUUAUUAAUAAAAGAAAUCCACAAUUAAAUAAUACACAUACAAAUUCAUUUAUUCUAUUUAGUAUUUGUAAUGAAAAUAAUAAACAAAUUGAAUCAAUUAAAAUUUAUAGAUAUUUCGUUGAACCAUUUAGUUUGGUUUCAAUUAAAAAAUUUGAAAAAUUACAUACAUUAGUUAUACCAACUCAAUUUCAUCAUUUAAUUGGAUUAUCAUUAGAUAAAGAUGAUGCAUGUUGUAUUGGUGUUAAAAAAUUUACAUCAAUUUUCAUAAAUGGUGUUACUGAUUAUUUUCAAUCAAUGAUAAAAUCAUUAAAUUCAAGUAAAUCAUUAAGAAAUUUAACAAAUAAAAAUUGCGAUUUAAAUUAUGGUGAUGAUAAAUUUCAAUCAUUUUUAAAUGAUAUUAAACCAUUUUCAAAUGGUAAUAAAUCAUUUUUAUCAUCAACAUCAUCAACAUCAGGUAUAGAAUAUUUUAAAAUUAAAAAUUUUGGUAUUUUAAUUUCAAAUGAUACAUUCUCAGAAUUGAAUAAUAAAUCAAUUAAAACUUUAGUAUUAGAUGAUGAUUAUGAAAUUAUUAAUCUUUCAAAUAAAAUUCAACAACAACAACAACAACAACAACAACAAUCAAAAAAUUUAAUUGAAUUUAAAAUAUAUGUUAGAAUGUAUCAAUGUAGAUAUGAUUUUAAAAAAAAUGAAAAAAUUAAACAAUAUCAAUCAUUAUUAAAUUAUAAAAUAUAUAAUAAUGGUAAAAGUAAUUGUCAAUUUGCAAUUUCAAUUAAAAAUCAUUUAGAUAGAGAUUUACUUUUAAAAUCUAUUUAUGAUUAA